AUGGAAGGAGAAGAGGAAGAUGACGAGAAAGUAGUAGAAGCAGUGAUAAUGAAUGGGAUAGUAAAUCGCACCAUGAUAAGAUCAGAGUUAGAAGAUCGUGUUAAAAAAGAAAAAAUUAUGAAUCAACCAAGUGGUGAACUAAGUAUGUUAGAAGGUGAUGGUGGAGUUGUUUGUUCAGUUGAUCACAUCAAGAAUUAA